AUGGAUGGAUUAAAUGAAUAUUCCUGUAAUUCAUUUGACCUACAAUGUCUAUUAAACUCAUUUCCUGGAGAUUUGGAAUUUAAGCAGAUCUUCAGUGACAUUGGUGAACAGAUGGAAAAAAAUGCCACAAGCAUAGAGCAUUGCGUUGAAGAAAUACAGUCUGAAGUAAACAAACUCUGUCCAGAUGUGCAGCUGCAAACAACAGCGGACUGCUUCACAUGGCUAACUAACUAUAAUUAUCAUUCAUCUAAGUCACCAUCCAUUUCCCAUGGAGAUUUGAUAAAAUUCCUCAAAAUAAUGCAAGAUUUAUUGAAUAAUGAAGAAAAUCAAGAAGAAAUGAUCCUGGAUUUACUCUGGGACCUCUCCUGUCAGAGAAGCAUCUCAUUCCUGUCGCCCCUAGGAGGGACCUCAUUCUGUUUCCUCUCCAGGACAUGUCUGCAUUCUGUUGAAGAUUAUUCCUCUGUGGAUGUAAAGUUUAUUUGGGAUGAUGUAAGAUUACAUCUUCGACGCUUCCUAGUGAACAGGUUAGAAGGCCAUAAUGAGAUAAACAACUCACAGCCAAGAAUUAAACUGAAAAGUCAAUGUAUACAGCAACUCCUCCUGCUCUACCCAGAAUCAGAAGUGCUUGUCAAGUACCAAAGCAUACAGAAGAGAAUGCUGACUAAAUUUCUGCAAAAUGCCUUCCCUUCCUGCAACAGAGGUUCAGAUUUAGAAGUAAUUGCUCAUGGAUACCAAAGUACAAUGCUCACGUUAUAUUCAAUGAUAAAAGAGGAUUUUAACAUACUGUGUGAAAUUUUAGCUCCGUCCUCAGUGGUGCAGUUCAUUAAAGAAACUUACCUGGAUACAGUUACAGAAGAAAUGGCAAAAAUUCUUGAAAAUUUUUGUGAGCUGCAGUUCAAAGAAAAUGCUGUUCCUGUAGUUAAAGCAAGCAAGAGCGCCAGCAAGCACAGAGGAACAGUGCAUGCUUUGGUUAGCCCUGCAUGCCCGCAGAAGCGAAGACACUCUUCUCUAUCCUUAGAUGAACUCAAAUUCUUAGCGCAGCUAACAGAAUCCUUUUUGAAGCUGGAAAACAACAUUCAGGAUCUGUUUGAAGAAAUGUUUUUAUUGCUUAAGAUGCCCAGGAAUUCUCCAGGAAUAUUGGAAAAAUCUGAUACGGAAGCCAUGGUAGAGAAACAUAUGUCAAGUGAAACCAACAUUCCUCCAGAGCCAUUAUUACCAGUCAAAGAGGCUACUUUACCAGAGUUUGGCUGGAGAAAUGCAUUUAAAGAAAUCUCUUUUGUCAUGGCACACUCCAUAUCAGCAGCCAUUGAAGAAUUUUCCACAAAAGUCCUCCAACAAGAGCAAACAGAAAGAUCCUCAGGUGUGAGCUACGCUAUAAACCUUGUAACUGUCCCGAAAGUUUGGCGAGAAGGUCACGCAUUUCCUGAGGAGGAACAACCAAAGAAAGUGGCCAAGUUUUCUUCUGACAUCAUGGAAAAGCUUGACACAAUGCUUCCACUGGCUCUGGCAUGCAGAGAUGAUUCUCUUCAGGAAAUUAGAGGGAACCUCAUAGAGGCCUGCUGUAAAGUGGCAACAGCUGUCCUGGAGAGACUGCACGAGAGAGGCAAGGAGGUUCCUUCCAGAGCACCCCUGAAGAACCUGUACGUUCUCCUUUCCACGGCAGCCUACGUCUCCCAGCGUUUUACACAGUAUGAUAAUCUGAUGAGAGAGACAACUAGGAAACCCAUAUUCCUGGUGCCUGUCCAGCGAUAUCAGGAAUUCAUCAACACUCUACAGUUUCAGGUUACGGACUACUGCGUCAGACUUUGUGCUACAAGCAUUUUACAGGAUGCUGAGAGCCACCACUGGGACGACUACAAAGCUUUUUAUGAGGGGGAAAGAUGCUCCUUCUCCAUCCAGAUGUGGCAUUACUUCAGCUGGGCUCUGCGUCAUGAUCUCUGGACCAUACUACCCGCUAAGCUGGCCCAGGAGAUUCUAGCAGAGGUCCUGGAGAAGUCCUUGGGUCUACUAGCCUCCAGAUAUGCUCGGGCGUGUCCCAGUCCUAAGAGAAUUGCACAGAUAAGACUUGAUGUCACGGCAAUCUUGAUAUGCACUGAGAACAUAUUAUGGUCAGUUUGUACAUCUGUACAGGAAAUUUUGAAUCCUCAUGAGUAUAACAACAACAAAAUUUUUAAAAUUCAUACUCAUUGCAACCACCUCUUGACAACAUUAGCCAUUUUGACAGCACCACUAACAGAAUUAUAUAAGACUUUUCAGCACAGUAUGGAUGACUCAGCUUCAAAUUCCUUAGCAUCAUUGUUUAAUCAACCAUUUCACUGGGUUUCCUGCAUGUCACAGUUCUACCCUUCUUUACUCAGGCCACCAUCAGCUAGAGAACUGAACGCCGAGGGUCAGUUGAAACUACUCUUAUCCCAGCCAUGCUGUAAGUGGAACCUGCUUCUGGAGACUCUGCUACACAGUGGUGGCCUCAUACCAAGAAUCCUGCUGAGAAGUUCAAAACAAGCUACUGGCACAGAAGAGGACCAGCGGGGAGGCUGCAGUGUGGUGGAAGCCAUCUUUAAAGUUCUGUGUCACUGUCACUUGUCUCCACAAACAUUUGGGAAUGUUUUCCUGAGCUACAUGGAAGAAGAGCAGCUCUGGGACUCUUUGUACAGCAUUCCAGUCUCAGUGUACACGGAGUCCCAGCCAGAAGUCAUCCGCUGUCUGAGAUUGGUGCUGAUGGACGCUGUCAAGGACAUUGUGCAGCAGGUCGUAUCCAUGAUGAGAUGCGGGAGAAACAGUGAGGCAGACCUAAACAAGCCCCGUGUUCCUGAUCAUCUGCUUCAGAGCAUUCCACAAGAAUGGAAUUAUAUUCCAAGAGAAUUCAGAAGGAAAGAAUCAAAUAAAGGCUUCACGAGGCUUGCUGCUCAGGCAGUAUCUAUUGUAAUCAGCAAGUUACCUACGGUGAUUGCAUGCUUGCCUCCCACAAUUAAAUACUUCUUUUUUCUGUCUGAGAGAAAAAUGUCAAAAAACUUGGCUGAAUUGAAGAAAGCUGGCCUGCUUGUCUGGAACUUGAUUGUAAUUAUAUGUCGGAUAUUUGAGGAUGGGAACACCGUGGAACGUUUAACAGGUGCCUCCCUUGACAGAUGGAGUAAAGAGAAAGCAGCUUUCAUCUGUGUGUGUUUGGAAAGCAUUCUAGGAGAGAGAAGCAGCCCCUGUCAACUGACCCAAAACGUCCUUCUGAGCAUUGAGCGGCAAAGACCCAACUGGUUGGAGCACCAGCUCCUGAAAGCGAAGACGCUGAGCAUCAACUGUGCAUUCGGGACGGUGGAGGAAAGCUCAGGCUUAGAAGGAGAUGCCGCUCUUGAACUGCCUGAGCAGAAAACAAACGCGAUGAUCCUGGAUCUCUGCCACAAACCAGGUGGCAGUGAGUACCUGAGGCAAAUUUAUCACAUCAUGCGGCUCAAUGAGGAAUAUUUAAAAGAACAACUGUUCACUAUGAAUGGUUCGGAGGAAACGCCAUUACCCAGCCAACCUUUGAAGGUGACCUUGAGGGAUGCAGAAGAUCCGUCUCCUGUUUUUAACCCUUUCCAUGUGUAUAAGACGUUUAGUGAAAACAUGCUAGAUCAGGCGGCCACAGCAACAUGGUGCUGGAACUGGUCAAACUUGCUGCCAAAUUACCUGCAACUGGAUAAGACGACCUUCGGUGCACUACUCAAAAACAGGUGGGAAAUGAGGAAAGAUGAAACUCUGGAAGAGGAAGAAAAAAUGAUGCUGGAACAUUUAAAACAAAUCUGUAGCACAUAGGACUCUUCUUCUUUAUACAGCACAGACGAACUGUAAUCUGCAGAAAACGUCAACAGCUUUAUUUUAGGAAAGUCUCCUGCAAUAGAGGCUUUCACCGUCGUCAGAGGAACCUCACGCGUGCCACUGAGUACAGCCGUCACCACAGAGGCUCUGUACUGAACAGGAACACAGAACGUAAAGAAUAAGAGGCUCCGUAAUUUUUAUAUUAAAGAUAAUUUCAAAUUCUUUCCCAAUCUUUCUCCUUAUCUGAUAAAACUACUGCCAUCUCGUGUU